CUGCCUGUGCUAUUGCGCUGCCAUCAACGUUGUCAAUGUUGUCAGGUUUCCCCUUUUUAACUUUAAAAUAUGUUCUCAGCGUAAUUUUAAUUGCUUGAUUUAAGCAGUAUGUACAACAUAUAUUAAUAAAAAGUGUAGUGUGUGUUAGUAGGCCUAGUUUGUUAGAUAAAUUUUGUAAUAUAAGGUGUUUACGUUGUCGUACAAUAUUUUGAAGAGCAGGCAGGACAAAUAAAAUCUUAGACAAUUUUGAACUCAUAUCCAAACUGCAACAUUCUGCUUGCCACUAAAUGUUACUGUAAGUCAAUUAAAGGAAUAUGAGCUACCAGAAUGAUAGGAAUCCUGGUCCCAUUCCUAAAAGGUGGCUCAGAUGCCCGAGAAAGGCAUACAAGUUACUUGCGGAUAAAUUCAUCGCAUUCAAAACACCACUUGACAGCCGGUAUGAUGAACAAGUCCCAGAGGCUGAUCGUUUUCCACCAUCAAUGCUCUUUACCUCAAUGAAGAGCUAUAAACUACAAAUUGGUUUGUGGAUAGACCUGACGUUUACUUCCAGAUUUUAUGAUAAAGACAAUAUAGCCCAUGCUAACGGGUCUGAGAAAGAAGUAAAAUAUGUCAAGUUGCAAUGUCGUGGUCAUAAAGAAACCCCAUCAGAGGACCAAACACGUCUGUUUAUCAAUAUGUGUAAGAACUUUAUUGCUAGAAACCCUCUCGACAUUAUUGGCGUCCACUGCACCCAUGGAUUCAAUCGGACUGGAUUCCUGCUUGUUGCUUUCAUGGUUGACGAACUUAACUGGGGGUUGGAUGCAGCAAUACAAGAGUUUGCUAAAGCCAGGCCACCGGGCAUCUACAAGCAGGACUACCUGGAGGAGUUGUACAAACGUUAUGAUGAAGUACAGUAUACCCCUGCUGCACCAGCCCUGCCUGACUGGUGCGACGAACCUGAAGAAGAAGACGAACCUGUCUCUUGGAAGAACCACCGAAGAAAGAACGAAGAAGACACUUCAGAUUCAAGCGGAGGCAGCAAGAACAAACGGCGGAGACGGGAGAUGAACAACAAAAACCCAGUGUUUAUGGAAGGUGUACCUGGAGUGAGACCAGUGCAGGACCAGCCAAGACUCGGCAAUAUACAGACUGUUGUACAAGAGAUGUGCAACUGGCAGAAGUCAGGGUUCCCAGGAUGUCAGCCUGUAUCAAUGGAUCUCAGUAAUAUAAAGCUCCUUCAGAAGAUGCCAUAUAAGGUGUCGUGGAAGGCAGAUGGGACAAGGUACAUGAUGCUCAUCUUGAAGCAAGGGGAAGUUUACUGUUUGGACAGAGACAACAGCGUUUUUCAAGUUGAAGGACUUAAGUUUCCUCAUCGUAAAGACCCAAAUAGACACCUCACAAAUACUCUUCUAGAUGGGGAAAUGGUGAUAGACAAACACGAAGGCCAGAAUAUCCCUCGAUAUUUGGCCUACGACAUCAUCAAGUGUGAUGGAAUCGACGUGGCCCAUAUGAAGUUUCCUCUGAGGCUAAAAGUCAUAGAGGUAGACGUAGUUGGACCUAGGAACAAAGCUGUGACUGAAGGCAGGAUCAGAAAGGAACUAGAACCAUUUAGUAUUAGAAUGAAACAGUUUUAUCCGGUGGACAAAGCUGGCAGUUUGCUGGGAGAGAAGUUUGCCAAGCAACUGUCACAUGAACCAGACGGACUGAUAUUCCAACCAACAGACGAUCCCUACAAGACUGGACAAUGUAAGGAAGUGUUGAAGUGGAAACCUCCGAGCCACAACUCAGUGGACUUCCGCUUGAAAAUCCAGAGAGAGGGGGGCGAGGGAAUUGUGCCCAGUCUGGUAGGUCUGCUGUUUGUAGGAGGUCUGGAACCCCCAUUUUCAAAAAUGAAAGUAUCCAAGUCGAUGAAGGAGUUGGACAACAAGAUUAUUGAGUGUAAAUAUGAGAAGAACGCAUGGGUGUUCAUGAGAGAGCGAACUGACAAGUCUUUCCCCAACAGUUUCACUACUGCACAAUCGGUUUGUAACACUAUUGCAAACCCUGUUACGACAGAAAUUCUUCUCAACUUUAUCGAGAGGCAACGCUACAGAGAAGAAGAAUCCGACAUGCCUCCUCCAGCCUACAUCCCAAGGAGAUAGUGACUGAUCAUUUAAAUUAAAUUAUUGUUUUAUUUUUGAUGUUAUUUUUUAUUUACUAUUGAUUAAAGACACUGCAUGAUAACAA